CAAAGAUUACUUAGUAUAAAUAUUCAACUCAUAAAAUUGAAUGAAAACAUCAUUUGAAUACAAUCAGUAAUUAUGUCCUAUGAUCAUUACUCAUUAUAAUUCAUCGUUAUUCAUAACAUUUAUUGGAGAUUAUUCCUAAUAUCAAUUUGACAAGUUACCAUAGCAACAAGAUCAUUCACCUUGACCUUAGUGAUUAAAACAAUAAAUAAAAAAAUGACAAAACAUAUUCUAUUUAUUCAUUUAUUCUUAUUAUUUAUGAUUAUUUAUAUAAUUAUAUUCAAUAUAAAAUAUAUGAAAUGUACUACAGUCAAUGAUUUAUUAAUUUAUCCUAAUCGACAUAAGAAAUUAUUUAAGAUAAUUCAUUAUUUAAUUAGACAAUGUGCACCAUAUUGUUUAAAUUAUGGUAAAUUAGAAAAACCAGAUAUGCCAUGGAAAAAAUGUUAUUGUUUAUGUCCUGAUAAUUAUUAUGGGAUUGCAUGUGAAUUUAAUCGAAAUCAUGAAGAAAUCGAUAUUGAUAAUGGUAAUAAUAAUAAUAAUAAUCAUGGUAAUGAUAAUCAGUUACUAAGCAAUAUGCAUCAUCUUAAAUCAAAUUCAUUACCAUUUUCAUAUGGUCGUGCAUCCUCAACAUCGUCAGCAGCAGCAGCAGCAUCAUCUUUCCUUACACCAACAAUGAACAAUAAUCAUAAUAAUCAAGCAAAUGAUAAUGAUCAACAAUUGAUUUUUGUAAAGUAACUUAUGUCAUUCUACCUUCUGUUGUUGUUGUUGAUGUUGUUGCUGUGGUUUUGAUGAACCAUGAAAAAUAAAAAAAUAAAACACAAAAAAGAAUGAAUGAAAAUAUAUUGAUCGAAAAAUGCAAUAAUUACAAAAAAAAU